AUGGCGGAAGUAUCUUCUGUGAUGGGCGCCAAACUUUCCCAUGUCAUCGAAGACGUUUUGGAAAAGAAGCCCAGAGUUGGGGAUGAGCCCAAGGUUAGGGAUGAGCCCAAGGUUAGGGAUGAGCCCAAGGCUAGGGAUGAGCCCGAGGUUAGGGAUGAGCCCGAGGUUAGGGAUGAGCCUACGGCUAAGGUUGAGCCUGUCGUGAGUUCAAAUGAGAAGUUUCUUGAUGGAGUUGUUGUUGCUGUCAGCGGCAACAUCCAAUGCUAUAAGCAUGUUGGUAUUCAGAAGAUGGCUGAACAAUUCGGCGCCGGGUUCGAAGGCAAAGAGCUCAUUAGAUGCACCCAUCUUAUAUCGACGCAGAAACUUAUCAAAACGAUGUCGAAAAAGGGCUCAAUCAAUAUUCGUUUGACAGUACUACAAGCCUCUAAAAUCGAAAACUGCGAGUUUGUCACUAUAGAUUGGCUACUCGCGUGCCUUGAGAAGAAGAAGUUGGUGGAUGCUGCAAGCUUUCGAUUGUCUACAUCCUUCCUUCAAAAGUAUACCCUCAAGAAAGACUCAGAUGAGUCAACCGAUGACAGCAGCUCAAAGAUUGGGAAGAGCUUGACGAAGGUCUUGAAGCGAAAGUCGGAGGACGAGCCAAGCAGUCAUAUCAUAUCGGCUAAAAAGAACAAGGAUUUGGAGUCUAUUGACCCAUAUUUGGCGGCCAUAGUGGAUGAGCGCUUUGGAAAAGGAGUUUAUGUUGAUAAGGCAGGAAUAGCCUGGGAUGCCACACUGAUCGGAUCCACUACAUCUUCAGCCAAGAAACCUGAGGUGACAGUUUGUCAUAUACAGGUCCUGCAUAACCACUUGACGGACGGAUAUGAGACCUGCAUCCUUGAGACAGCAUCCGCGGGCGCACAAAUCAAGAACGAGGUCAAAGAGCAGGAGGGUGAUGAUUUGAAAGUAGCCAAGGACAAGUUCAAAACGUACUUUGAGCAGGCAACUGGUCUUUCAUGGAAAUCACGCGGCGAAAAUCCCAGGACAGACAAGCUUCUUUAUCUUGAGUGCUGCUAUGACGAUAUACGGACUCAGUUCCCAGCUACUGUUGAAGAGAAGCUUGCAACGGAACAAUUAAACGCAGUCAGCGUCAUUUACAAUGGGCUUAUGAGUUACGCUGGGGCUGUUGUCCCUUUUGGAAUACAGAAAGUCAUGGCCAGCGUAUCCAUUGGUCGACCUCCGUCUACCAGCAUGCAUCAGCUGCGAAUGGGACUUGCAAUCUUGAAGAAGAUGUCUGAAAUAAGUGAAAAGGGUUUCGAUAAAAAGCAGAUGAGGAUUCUGGGCGACUGUUACAGAGACAUGCUGUGCGAGCAGGCAAAUGGCAAGUCAUACGGUUACGCUGCCAACCAGCCAGAUUUCACCUCGUCAAAACGCGAAAAAUGGAUCGUUGCUGAGAGGGAUUGCCUUCAAUUCUUGAACAACCUGAGGCUGACUCAUGAAAUCAUGAACGAGUCUGUGUCCGCAUUCGACAAGGUCCAUCGUCUUUAUCGAGUUCUGGGCUUGGAAAAAAUGACCUGUGUUCAUCAAAAAUCGAAGGAAUUCGCUGGCUUGCAAGAAUACUUCAAUGGGUCAAUAAAUCAGCAACGCCAUCAACCCGCCAAGAUCUUGAAUAUUUUCAGGAUCCAGCGCCCAGGAGAAGAGAAGAGAAUUGAGAAAUGGAGUUGUGAUCCAGAUAAAGGUGUCCAAAGCGAUCGUCGACUCCUUUGGCAUGGAUCAUUGAGCACCAACUUCGUCGGCCUUCUGGGCCAGGGCCUUCGAGUCAACCCGACUUUCAACUCAGUAGCCGCGUACAAAGGUAAAAAUCCCGGAAUCUUUUUCGCCGACUUUGCGGGAAAGUCGAUUGGCUUUUGUCGCCAGGCCGCCGGAACAGACGCUUUGAUGCUGCUCUGCGAUGUCCAGCUUGGGGGCAAGUUUGACGAAAGCAACCAAGUUAAGCACAAGAGAUAUGGCCAUGUUAUGUCCAGAUUCAUGCAAGGGACAUACACACAUCGAGAAUGGUGCAAUGCUGGCAAAAAGGUUCAUUCAGACCUCCAUCGUCUAACGAUGCCCAACAUUGAAGCUGGUAUAGUAACUGGAUUUGGAGGGUCGGGUCUGGGUCACUGUGAGUAUGUGGUAUAUGACCCAGCUCAGAUCCAGAUUCUGUACCUUGUUCACAUCAAGCUGACAUAA